AUGGGUACUCCACUUGUUGGUACCGCUAUUAUCACCGGCGCGAAUGGAUUGCUCGGGUCGGAGAUAGCUGUCUCGAUUGCUAAAGCGCAGCCUUUUGUUCACUUGCUGCUAGUGGCCCGCGAUAUCAGAUCCGACAGCGUCAAGGAUGUGACGGACAGGAUCCGUCUCAUUGGACCCCGCUCCGUCGAGGUGGUUAAGGCAGACCUGGCCUGCUUCAACUCCGUCGUGAGCUUUUCCCAAUACACCGUCGAGAGGGUGCGAAGUAAAGAGAUCCCUCCCGUGAUCUUGUUGAUCAACUCCGCCGCAACUUCGUCAUACGUUACCGAUCAAGUCACACGAGAUGGGUACGAUCCCGUCUACCAGACCAACUGCAUCGCGCCGUUCCUGUUGACCGUGAGCCUGCUCGAGGCCUUCCGCGCAGGCGACGGUACACCGAACGGUGGAGCUCGAGUAAUCAAUAUCGGGUGCUCCUCCAUAUCCAAGGGAUCCCUGGACUAUUUUGAUGGCGAAGACCCGGAGAGUGCCACCCAGCCGCCAGGAACACCAAUUGGCGCCAAGGAAGCGACCAGUCGCUUCGGAAGUAGUAAGCUGCUAAUGAGCGCUGCCAUGUAUGCCCUGCGUCGAAGUCUGGUACUUACGGGCAACAUCUCGCUCAAUGUAUACACAAUGGAUCCCGGCGGCUUGACCGGAGAGAGCCACCUAACGACCGAUGCCCCGUUAUCGGUCCGAAUGGCACACCAGACGCGGUCUGGACUCCGGCCAUUCCUGCGGGUGUUUUCCAAGAGUGCGAUAAACAAGGCUAGCGUUCCAGCCAAAGUUAUUGCGAGAGUCGCAUUUCAGAAGGAGACGGUGGAGAACUGGGGAAGGGAACGAUAUUAUAUCUUGGAUAGCGAAUACGAGGCCGCAUCCGUCAUUCCGGCUUUGCGGGAUGUGCCGCGCAUGGAUGGGCUGCUGCAGAAGAUCAUGCGACAGAUCGAGAUAGGCGUCAAGGGCAUGGGCUCGCCUCAAUCAAGAGUAUCGCGGCUGACUGCGCGAGAGAUGAACCGGCAUCACGCCUUCUCGAACGGCUAUGCUGCCUACCCUCGCGGCAAAGCCAGCCACAACACCUUUUCUAUCUCUCCCCACCGCUUUCAACCGCGCCCACAACCGGCUUUGCGACGUCGAAGACAGCUCCUUCAACGACUGUGUCUCAUUGCCGCCAUCUCAACGCUGCUGUUGAUCCUCAUUUUCCCUUCAUUUCGAGCGUUAUUCCUUCCCGCAGUCUCGCUUGGCCUUGUUUCCUCCGCGGAAGAUCUACAGUUAGAAACGGUUCGAUACUAUGAUUUGUCUAAGAUGCAGGGCAGUGGAAGUGGUUGGGAGCAUGGAGAACGGGUACUCAUGUGCACGCCCUUGAGGGACGCCGCAUCUCAUCUGCCGAUGUUCUUUUCGCAUCUUCGCAACCUUACAUACCCUCAUAACCUGAUUGAUUUGGCAUUUUUGGUUUCGGAUUCCGAAGACGAUACGAUGGAAAUGCUGUCAUCGAUGCUGGAUGAUCUGCAGAACGACGCCGAUCCGAAGAUGUCGUUCGGAGAGAUCUCGGUCAUCCAGAAGGAUUUUGGUCAACAGGUUCAACAAGAUGUGGAGAGUAGACACGGUUUUGCCGCCCAGGCAAGUCGCAGAAAGUUGAUGGCUCAGGCACGGAACUGGCUGCUUAGCGCGACUCUGCGUCCGACGCAUAGCUGGGUCUACUGGAGAGAUGCAGACGUCUUGACGGCUCCGACUACGAUUUUGGAGGACCUUAUGAGACAUGAUAAGGAUGUUAUCGUUCCGAAUGUUUGGCGUCCCCUGCCGGAUUGGCUAGGUGGGGAACAACCGUACGAUUUGAACUCCUGGCAGGAAUCCGAAACCGCGCUGGCCCUUGCCGAAACUCUGGACGAGGAUGCAGUCAUUGUGGAGGGUUAUGCCGAGUAUGCAACGUGGAGACCUCACCUCGCAUAUCUGCGUGACCCGUACGGGGAUCCUGAUAUGGAGAUGGAGCUUGAUGGUGUGGGAGGCGUCAGUAUUCUGGCAAAGGCCCGUGUCUUCCGGGCCGGUGUCCAUUUCCCAGCCUUCAGUUUCGAGAAGCAUGCCGAGACUGAAGGUUUCGGAAAGAUGGCGAGACGGAUGGGGUUUUCGGUCAUUGGCCUUCCGCACUACACGAUUUGGCAUCUUUACGAGCCGAGUGUGGAUGACCUCCAGCAUAUGGAGGAAAUGGAGCAGGAGCGACUGGAACGUGAGAGAGAAGAACAAGAACAGGCUGAGCGUGCUGACCGGGUUCAAACGCUGUUCAAGGACGCCAAGUCACAGUGGGAGGACGAUACUGCGAAUAUACAAGAAGCCAUCGACAAGGAAGGGAAGAGCCAGGCGAGCGACUACUCGUCAUCAUCAGAUGUCGAUAGUACAAAAGGCAGCGCAGAAGGUCCCGUGGCCCAGCCCGCUGCGAAAGAGCAGGGAAGUGCCGCGAUCACACAGGAAGAGUCAACAAAAGAAAGAAAACAGGCGAAGCAAUAG